GAGUCUGCAUUUACAACUGUGUGGCUGUGUGUGUGUUAGUCUGAGUGAGAGAAAGAGAAAAAGAGACAGUCAGAGAGGAGGAGGAUGCAGAGAGGAGGUCGAUUCGGUCGACCUGUCCGGGUCUCUCAUGUCACAGAUGUGCCCUCAGGAGCUGACCUCUGUCUCUCUGUCUGGAAAAUAACCUGGAAAAACUGAAAUGGAAUAUUGGAAAACUGCACCGUGGAGAACAGUCGGGGCAACGUCCCUCCUGCUGCUGCAUCAGAGACAGAAGAAGUGAAGGGAAGAAAGGAGAAUGAGUGACGUUUUUAAUUUGUAUCUACAUAAGAAAGUGAAGAGGAGACGGAGUCUUGUGGACCUGUCUGACAACUGUGGGAGGACGGAGCAGAUUUAUACGUAUAAUUGUACUCUUAGUGUGCUUUUGGCUUUCUUUGAGGGAAAGGCAAAGAGCAGAGAGGAGAUAAUAGGAGAGGAGAGGAAAGGGGAGGAGAGAGCAGAGUGUAGAGAGUAGAGGAGUACAGAGGAGGAAGGAGAGGAGAGGAGAGGAGAGGAGUGAACACACCAGAUGGGAUCCUGGCAUUAAUAAAAUGGAGUCCUGAGGAACUGAACUGCCCUCUGCAGGAGAAUAUAAUCAUCUCAACUCACUGUGAAAUCAUGAGCACUCCAACGACAGCAAGCCCCACCAUGGAGGUGAAGGUGGUCUCCCAGGAGAUGGCAUUGCUUAGCAACAUCCUGGCAGCUUACACCUUCAUCGCAGACCAACCUGAGAGGACGGCGCUGGUGUUUCUCGGCGGAGUGUGUGUCGGCCUUCUGGUCACACUGUGCGCCAUCGUCUUCCAGAUCCACUGUCGAGCUGACUGCCACUAUGGCAACAGCAACAACCCCCAGCAUCGCCAGAGUAAGAAACAUCACCAACGCCGCCAUCACAACUGUCCCAUCCAUCAGCAGGGCGACAGCAACCCAGACCCCACUGCCGUCGUGGCCUCUGGAGGGACUGGGCCCACUGGGGACAGCGAGUCAGAGGACUGGGAUGACACGUCCGACCUGUCAACACGGAGACGCAGGCGCUUUGAGAGAGCCCUGCUGCACGCCACCAUGUUCACAUCAGCCGAGGAGCUGGAUCGAGCCCAGAGGCUGGAAGAGCGGGAAAGGAUUCUCCGGGAGAUCUGGAUGAACGGACAACCAGACAUCAGCACGGUCACUCAAAGCCUCAACAGAUAUUACUGACACGAAAGUAAACACAAGGGCAGACUGGGAGGCAAACUGAGAGAAAACAGAAAAUAUAGAGGCAGACAGACGGAUGAACGGUGAAUAAAUGGGUGCGCAGGUGAACAAACACUGUAUUAAAUGAACAAUGAUGUAUUGACAGCACCAAAGAGAUUCUUAUCAAACAGUCAGUGACCGUGCAGCCUGCAGCAGCCCCUCCAGGAGCACACAUGAGCGGUGAUGGCUCUGUCCUCCAACACAACAUGACAGUUAUGUGUUUGGAAGAAGAAAGCCAAGCCACAAUGGGACCUACAGAGCACAGACGGCCAACGCUGCUGCAGAUAUUUUGUAGAUCCUGCAAUGUGUUACUGCUGCCAUAAAGUUACAGGGAUUUUCUAAUUUUUCCAUUUUUAACAGGUGCUUUGGAGAUGUGCAGGAGGAGUCAGGUGCUGUUUAUGAGUGUACAGUAUGGAUUUAAAUGAUGUGUUGUUGUUGCACUUUUCCUCAGCUCACCCUUAUUUGUCUGUGAACCUGCUAUAAUCAUGGGUUGAGAACUGGAAACUGAAAUAGAGAGAGAUCGAUUGAUCGAGCACAUUAACUCCAUGCAAAGAAGAAGGUCCGCAUUUACUGCUGCAGUUCUCAACCUCCUUUAUGAUGAUUGCACACUAAUAGGUGAGACAUUAAACAUUAAAAUAUGGCAUCAAGGAUUUCCUAACAGCUCUGUAGGCUGGCAGCUGUAGGUUUAGAUGCAUAUUAGAACAAGAGAUGAUUGUGUCUGAGAAGGUUGUGCUCUGUAUGUAGUCUGUAAAGUUGAAAAUAUUAAUAAAAUUAAAGUCCUGGAUUUCACGAAA